UUCUUACGAUAUCUUUUCCGGUUGUUGAUAUUCUUUGAGAAUUUUUGCCAUCGUAAGAUUAUUAAUGACAGUAAAUAUGGCCACCAAAUGACAUCCUAAGACAAGGUUUAUGUGACUCGGAAAUGCAAAGAGAUCAUACUGAUGAGCAAGCCGGAAACAGAUGUCUAGAUGUCUUUAAAACUCUUUGUCAACUGAAAACAUGUGGAUCUUAGUCUUUUUAAAUGUAAUUUUCCACGUUAUGGUUAAUGCCAAGACGACAAUUUCAAUAGGUGUUUUAUUUGAUGUGAAGUCGUUACGGCAUCACGGUACAUUAUUUGCUAGUCUGGCCGAGGUCAACCAUCGUGACCCCACCAUAAACCUACGUCCUGUUAUUGCUACUGUAGAUAUAUCUGAUAGUUUUGCAGUAAGUAAUGCAAUGUGUGAUUUAAUUUCUCAAGAUGUGAUCGUCAUCUUGGGUAUAACCAAUGUGUCAUCUUUAUCAACUAUACAAUCAUAUAGUAAUACAUUCAACGUACCAUUUAUCAGUAUAGGUUCAACUCAUAACUAUACAUUAUCUUCACCAUUUCAAAUGUUUAUGAGACCAGCUUACAUGGGAGCAGUAUUUGAUGUUAUAGAACUUUACCAGUAUAGAAAGGCUCUGUAUGUUUAUGAUACGGACGAAGGGUUAAUGAGACUGCAAGACGUGUUUCAAUAUAUCAAUACUCGGGAGUUACUGGUUGAUCUGGAUGUUAGACGAGUUACAGAACUUGGCCAACUAUCAGACUUAAUACAAUUUUCGAAAUACGACGACCAGUCAAUACUUGUAAUGAUAUUAGACAUUAGUAAACUAGAAAUUAAAGAAAUCGUACAAUAUUUGAAUAAACACAUUGUACCUGGUGCCAGAUUACAUUUGGUAACAGUAACACUGGAUCAACUAUUAGUAAAUAAUAUUCUACCAAAUGAAGAUAUAGAAUUAAAUAUAACAGGUUUCCAACUUGUACCACCUGACACCAAACAGGAUACAGAAACUAUGGCAAUAUUUCCUGAUACCUUCCAAGAAGAACUUAUGUCGAGCUCCGAUGCUUUAAUAUCAGACUGUAUUAAGUUGAUAAGAAUGGCUGUAGAAAUGAGCGAACAGCAAGAAUGGUUUCCAAGAUUAUGGAGUUCUUUUCCGCCAACGUUUCAGAGAACUACCGCUAAAUGUUCAAAUUUUGUGGUUGACAAGAAGCCGUAUGGUUCAUUAUUUAUGGAAUAUUUAGCUAGGGUUUAUUUCUAUGGUAAAACUGGAACAGUAGCUUUGGACGAUUGGUUUAAAAGAAGAAAUUUUCUGCUUGGUGUUUAUCAAUAUCGUAACGGUAAUAGAGCUCUUAAGCUUGGAGUAUGGAGUCCAGACUUAGGAUUAAAGAUAGCAUCUCAAGUACAAGAUAAAACUUAUACUUUAAUAGUGAAUGCUUCACGUUAUUCUAGUAUCGUUCCACCAUUAUUGUUAUAUAAAAAAUAAAAUAUUUUAC